AUGGAAACUGUCCAGUUUCUGAUGAGCUAUGCGUCGCAAAUCGCUUGGUUGCUCGUGAAUCAAAACAGUAAGCUUGAGGAUUGAAGACAGAAAUAAAUUGAAUAUCUUGCUGUGUCCCUCUUGAUUGCCGUGUUCGUUUUCGUCAACUGCAGCAAAUUACUAGGUCGAAAUUCAAAGAAAGAUGAGAAAAAGUCGAUACAGAAACCACCGAGGGUAUCCGGAACGCAGAAAGCACAGGCUCCGGUAACGAAUAAAGGCACCACGAAGACUACCGCGUCAGCUGACGAUGCUAACGAUCCUCCGGAGAAGAAGAAGACGACGUCGGCGGAUGCGGAAACGAAGUCAAAUGAGAAGGAAGGAGGCGAGGAGAAGAAGAAGAAACAGAAAGAAGCAACGGAAACUGCAACGAAGACGAAAGAUGAUGGACUAGACCCGAACGAUGCGACGAAGGACGUCACGAAGGACGAGAAAGGUAAGAUUGAUGAAUUCAGGCGUAGUGUUAUAGUUCAGUUUCAGCUGAGGUACAUGAAAACACUCUUCGGAUCGAGAUGGUCGACGAUGACCACACGAAGACAUCGGGAACAGUCGACGCUUCGGCCUGUUUCGACGCGCACGACAUUAAUGGAGUGGACCAGGCUGGAAACGACGUUGAUGAUGCGAAGCUUGCUAAGAAGUCGUCGAAACACGCGAGGAACGCGAAGAAGAUUGGAUCACAGAAGAAGAAGGCACCGGCAGGGAAGAAGAAGAAAAAGAACACGACCGAGGACGGUGCGGACGGCAAGAAGAAGAAGAAGGACGGCACGCAAGAGAGCGUCGAUUGUGACGAGAAGAAGAAGAAGGAGAAGACGAUUGUGGAUCGGUCAGACAAGAAGGAACCGUCGCCGAACUCGAAGGGGCCAAAGUCGGGAAAUGCUGGAGGCGGAGACAAGAUGGAAACUAUGGUGGAGGACGAUGGAGGGAAGCAGCUGCCGGAGUACAAGACUCAAGAAUUUUCUCAGUAG